GAAAGACCAUGAGGAAAAUGAAGUGGAGAAUCAUUUUAGAUUUUCUCGCCGUGCUGACGUUUAUAUUGAUUCUGUGCUACAUUAUGAAAAUUCUGUGGAGCGGAGCGCACUUCCAUCCUAACUCUCAUGCUGCUGAGAUGAUGAUGACCAAAUAUAACGGCCGAUUUGUCGCACUGCAGGAUGUUUACAAUCGGACACAAUUCUUUACCUACCUACAGAACACUUUUGUGCGGUCCUUGUUUGUUUUUAGAUGGUUUAAUGAUUUAAAUUUCCAAACACUAAGUCCUUCAGACGCUCCUGAAAGAAAAGACUGGACAAAGGAUUUUGUAUCCAAAAUGGUGGGAGCUCCACGACUAAGGCAGUUACGAAUUGUUGCCAGUUCCUGCGCAGUACAUCACGUUAUGGUAGUCGCUGUGCAGGAUUGCAUCCGACCGUGGAGUGAGGGCUACAUGGACACUGACACUUACGGUGUCCAAUGGAAGAAGGCGGACUUUGACGACGAGAUUGCGUAUGCUUGGGGUUACCGGACCUACUGGAUGUAUCAGGAGCCCAAGAACACCUCUGUGUUUCCAUUAUCUGGGAAAUCGGGAGUUGUCUAUCCCUCCGGAGGGUACAUUCUACCUCUUGCCGUCAAGAGAGAUCAGAGCAAAUCGUACGCAAUCCAAGUGGAGCAGGAACAUUGGGUCGAUCAUCGUACAAGAGCCGUGUUUCUUGAGCUGACGCUGUACAAUGUAAACAACAACUUGUUCAGUCAAGUUACGGCGAUCAUAGAACACAUGACCUCUGGGCUCUUCAUGACGCUUGCGAACGUGGAUUCGGUACACACAAAAGAAGAUUUCAGUGUUUGGAACUUAAUUUACAUAGUCUUCAUUGCUGCUUUGGCCUUACGAAUCGCUUACAAAAUGAACAGAAAUGGAUUGUUCAAUUUUUUCAGGAAUUUUCUAAACAUUUAUGAAGUACUAGUUGUGGCUGUUGGAGUGCUAAGUGUAAUAUUUUAUCUAAUUCAUACGAAAGUUUCUACUAUUUAUGUAGAGGAAUUCUACAGGGAAGGGCUAGAUUUGUUCUUCAAUUUCGAAGAUAUGAUCAAGUAUUUUCGGUACACUAAGGCACUUUUGUGGAUACUUUUCUGUUUGUUGGUGUUUCGGUUGUUUGUGAGCUGGCAUUUUGGUGAGAACUACUUCUACUAUUACCACACGUUUGUGUUUUCUUUACAAUGGAUUGUCAUUUUGUUGAUUUUCUUGUUGUAUUACUUUUAUUUAGUCUGGAGAAUGAUUGGUUACUCCAUUGACGGAAAAGUUUUUUACAACAGCCGUGUGAAUAUUCUACACUACAAAAUGUACAACUGUAUAUACAAACGAGAUUUCCACGAUCGAACAAAACUGAUCGCCUUUGUACUAUGUGUAAUGGCGUUAUUUUUUAAAGUAAUUUUCUUUGUGAUGUUCACCCACUACUUCCAAAUAGGAAAACGGAAACGAUUACUUCCAAUGGAAUAUUUCAACUUUUUCACUUUUUUUGCUGAAGAAUUUGGACGAUGUUUCGGGAAGAAAAAAGAAGAGGAAUUUGCAACUGAUAGACAAAUACAUAGGAAGAGAGAUGUUAAAAGUUCAAAGAGGUCUACCAUAUAUUAAUUUUUCCACCCCAUAGUUCUGGUGGUAUAUUUAUGCAACCUUUAUCAUUUUUGUAUUAUAAUAGCUAAAAUUUAAAAUAAAAUACUUCUAUCCAUA